AUGUCUUUUCUCGAUCGCCCUGCUGCGCCUCCCACCAAACUCGGUGUCUACCGAAUUUUAUCGCCAAACGCGGGGGUCCGUGUUUCUCCUCUGCAGCUGGGGGCAGGAAGCAUCAGCGACCAGUGGCACAAGCUGGGAAUGGGUGCGAUGGACAAAACGGCCAGCUUCAAGCUUCUGGACGCGUAUUUCGACGCUGGCGGCAAUUUCAUCGAUACUGCCAAUGCCUAUCAGGAUGAGACAUCUGAGAUGUUCAUCGGCGAGUGGAUGGAGCAGCGGGGCAUCCGAGACCAGAUCGUCCUCUCGACCGAGCCAUAGCACUAGGAUUUAGACUAGUGCGCAUGGCUGUAGCCAUAAAAACCGUAGACUAUUUUAUGGAUGGUAGCCAUGGCACGGGAUCGAACUCGUGACCCUUCCAAAAAGCGGAUGGGCUCCGCAGCAAUAACC